CUCUUUCCUCAGAUCAGAAGCAGCUAUUGCUUUGCUUGGAUUUGCAUCUUUGGCUUAAUAAUUGAGAGCUUUAAUUAUCCAUGUUGACCUCAGUUCCUUGUUUGGAGCCAUUUACCUGCUUAGAGAAUGGCAGCAGCAGCAACAAUACGAGGAAAAGAAGACCUGCAGGAACGCCUGAUCCAGAUGCGGAAGUGGUUUCUCUGUCGCCUAAAACACUACUAGAAUCGGAUCGUUACGUUUGCGAGAUCUGCAGCCAAGGGUUCCAGAGGGACCAGAACCUGAAGAUGCACAGGCGGCUACACAAGGUUCCAUGGAAGCUAAUAAAGAGGGAGACCCCUGUGGCGAGGAAGCGGAUGUUAGUGUGCCCCGAGCCUAGUUGCCUGCACCACGACCCUUGCCAUGCUCUAGGCGAUUUGGUGGGGAUCAAGAAACAUUUCAGGCAGAAGCACAGCAACCACAAGCAAUGGGUGUGCGAGAAAUGUUCCAAGGGCUAUGCUGUUCAAUCCGAUUACAAGGCCCAUCUUAAAACCUGUGGCACCCGAGGGCAUUCUUGUGACUGCGGCAGAGUUUUCUCCAGGGUUGAAAGCUUCAUUAAACAUCAAGAUGCUUGCCCAAUGAGCCGUGGCCGGCCAGAAUCACAAGCAAUGCGACCGGCUUGCAUGUCGGGAACAGAUUUCAGUACAGUAUCUUGGCCUAGUUUGGAAUUGGCAAAAACAACAGGUACCAUGUUGUUGAGCCCUACAAAAGAUAAUUCCCCUAAAAACCAGCACUACCACAACUUGGAGCUUCAACUCUUAACCACACCAAAUCCAACUGAGGUCUCGGUUUCCCCAAAAAACCAUGAUCAUCAUUCGAUCCGGUUACAGCUCUCGAUCGGCUCAUCCAAUAUCGGUUCGGAAUCGAGGCUAAAAGAAGAAGCCGUGGCUAGGUUAAGGUCGGCUAUGGCGGAAAAGGCUUAUGCGGAAGAGGCGAGACAGCAGGCGAAAAGGCAGAUUGAAUUAGCCGAGCAUGAGUUUCCCAGGGCAAAGAGAAUCAGGCAACUAGCACAAGCUGAAUUGGCAAAGGCUCAAGCUCUAAAGAACCAUGCAGUAAAGCAAAUUAAAUCCAUCAUUCUGGAAAUUACCUGCCAUGCUUGCAAGCAGCGGUUUCAAGCAACACCACCUCCCCAGGAGAACUCCCUUGUUGUGAGUUACAUUUCAUCAGCUAUAACCGAAGGUGAAGUCGAAAACGAUAGCCGAACAAAUCAAACAAAGACUACUAACAUAUAAACCAAUAUAUAUCAUCCGUACGUCAAGUUGUUUAUCUUUGAUACUAUUAUACACCUCUUUCCUUCUUAUAUAAACCAAAAAAUGGUUGUUUUU